CACUUAUCAUUCAAUCGGACAAAAUAAUUAAUUUUUUUUUAUAUUCGUCUAUAUAUCAUAUUUCAAAAUAUUGUUAUUAUUUGUAAAAGCUGUAAUGGUUUUGUUAGUAUAAGUAAAUAUUAUAUGUAAAUGUAAUGUAUCAUCUAUGCUUAAAAAACUUGAGAGGUUUGCCAACUAGGUAUUUAUAGUGGACAUAACAGUUGGGUCAAUAAUAUAUUAAAAUAACAAUUUAUAAAUAAAAUUAUAAACAUUUAAUAAUUUCGUGCUAAAUGAAUAUAUACACGGAUUAUACCAAGAAAUGCCCUGAUUGCAAUAAGAGUUUUCAUUCGGCUACAUCUCUGUUAAUUCAUUUCUUUAGUCAUGUCAAAGAAGAAAAAUCAGAUAGCAUCAAUGUUGACCAAAACGAUGUUCUCACGAAAAACACUGAUAAGAAAAUAUAUAAAAACGAAUCAUCUGCACCAUUAAACUUAAGUAAAUGUGGUACACUUUAUCCAUGGAAGUAUUGUUUGACGACAUUUGAAGAAAAGGGUAUUGACAACCCAAAAAAUGUUUUUAUAAAAACUAAGUCUUGCAAAACAAAAGUCAAUAAAAAUAAAAAUUACAAAUGCCACUUAUGUGGAAAAAAAUUUGGUUGGUCCACUGAUCUCAAAAGACAUAUACUAAUUCAUACAGGAGAGAAACCGUUUAAGUGCAGUAUUUGUCAAGCAGCUUUUACUAGAAAUUUUUUACUGCAGAAGCAUUGUGCACGAAUUCACAAAACAUUGUCAGAAGAUGAGUUAAAAAAUCUAGAAAAUAAUGUUUUUGCCAAAGUUGCCGAAAUCAAAAUGAAAAUGGAAGAAUUAGAGUGUCAAAAGGAACUUGGUAAGUCUGAUUCUGAUGAAAAAAUAAAAUAAAUAUGUAUUCCUCAUAAUAAAUAUUUUAAUGGUAAGAAAUAGCUUAUAUUUAAAGGGUUUUUUUGUAACUGCAGUCUUCGUUUCUAAUCUAAUUCCAUCUAAUCUCUUAUUAAUAAUUUUUUUGUUUUUAAAACUUCACUAACAGUUGACAUUUUAUUAUAAAAAAUAAAAAAAAGUUUUAAUCAAAAUAGUUUAUUAACAAAAAUUAAAUCUUGACUUAGUAUUAUUUCAAUGAUUUUUAUUUUCUAAUAUAAUAACAUGAUGAGUGCAUAAGGUGGCAGUGUGCAAUGCUCACUGUCACAGCACACAAAAAAUUGUCUAGUAUAAAGCGGUCGACGUGUCCUUUUACGAUGACGGAUCAACGCCGCCUCAUUCAAGAAUAAUUUAAUGUAUUCAGAAACCUAUUCCUCUAGCGAGGUAAUGGUGACCUUUAACAAGCCGCUCGUAUAGACAAGUAGAUUUAUUUACAUUUGUUUAAAUUACGUCAAUUCACUACCUGUGUAAUGACAAUACUUUUGUAUACAAUAAUAAGGAACAGCUAAUUUUUAAUGUAUAUAAAAACUUGUAACCAGACAAUAAUUUUAAUUUUAAUUCUUAUAUAAUGUAAGUAAAAUAAAGACAUUUACAGGUAAUCAAAUAGUCAUUUUAGUAGUAACAAUACAGACUUGUGUUGCUGACAAUAAAAUAUAUUAUUAUU